AUGGAGCCGGGGCCGCCGGACGCCUGGGACCCGUACCGCCGGCCGGCGCGCCGGACGCAGUGGCUGGUGAGCGCUCUGGCGCACCACUACCGCCUGGACCGCGGCGUGGAGAACGAGAUCGUGGUGCUGGCCACCGGACUGGACCAGUACCUGCAGGAGGUUUUCCACCACUUGGAUUGCCGCGGCGACGGCCGGCUGCCCGGGGAGGACUUCCGCAUGCUGUGCAGGGUGUUGGGGCUCCGGCCCGGAGCGGGGAAGGUGGAGGGGGGCGCGGAGGAGGAGCAGGAAAGGGAGAAGGACGGGGAGGAAGAAGAAGAAGAAGAGCGCGCAGCGCUGUGGGACGAUCUGGCGCCGGAGCUCACCUUUCGCCAAUUCCACGCACGACUCUGCGGCUACUUCAGCACCCGAGCCGGGCCGGGGGCCAGUCGGCUGCCUGUGGGGCCCGAGAGCGAACACAUCGAAACCCAGAUCCGGCUGCGCAGCCCCCUACGCCGUCGCCGGGACCGGCCCGGAGCCACCACCGCCCAAGCGGAAGACAGGAUGGCAAAGUUGGAGGAGGAGAACGCCAGUCUGCGGGAGUUGGUGGAGGACAUGCGGGCCGCCCUGCAGAGUAGCGAUGCCCGUUGUCUGGCCCUUCAGGUAGGACUGUGGAAGAGUCAUGCCAGUCACAAGAAGGAUGGCAGCUGCUUUCUUGGGAACGGGAUGCCAUUAAGUCACAAUAAGCUUCAGACCACCAAGGGCUUGCAGAGCAUCCUAAAGGAAGUGGAACUAAUCCGUAGCUCCAGAGAUGAGCAGAUUGAAGAGGCUAUCAGGAUCAAUCGGGAACUGGAAAAGGAGCUGAAGCAGACCCAAGAAGCCCUGGCCACCUCCGAGGACCAUAACCGCCUCCUCAAAAGGGAGCAAGCAGAGAUGAGGAAGAAGGUGGAGGAAGCCAGGCAAACUGUGUUGAGCAGCCUGGGGAAGGUAAAAAAGCUGGAAGCAAGAGCAAAUAAAGUGCCACAUCUGCAGAUCUGCAUCCAGCAGCUGGAAUCAGAGGUGCAGUAUUACAGAACUGAAACAGAGGUCAAAGGAAGGCAGCAGGUAUGGCAGGAAUGGCAGCCACAGAGAACUGUACCAGAGAAAAGUCACAGGUCAGAGAUCAUGAGGCUUCCAUUUCCUUCAAAAAAUGUCAGUGACCAGAAAGAAAGAGUGGAAUCACAUGACAGAAGAGACUGCUCGUCCGAAAAACCAAAUCAAGACUUACCUAUGGAAGGGGCAGGGAUUGCAGACAAUGUGGAAGAUCAGAUGUUCCGCUCAGUGGAAGGCCAGGCAGCUUCGGAUGAAGAGGAGGAGAAGUGGACAGGAGAGCAGCAGUUACAAGUGGCUGAAAUGAAGAAGCUGCUGGCCCGACUUUCCUGCUGUGGUAGCGGAUGUGAUGACAAAACAGCAAAGAAACUCAUGACUUAUUUUGGGAACUUCAGCAGCAGUGAGCAUGAGAAUGCCAUCAUAGAACUGAUGGAAAAGAUUACCAAACUCACCAAACAACUAGAAUGGAAAGGUCAUGAAGCAAAGAAACUGGAAACCAACAUGGAAGAGACUCCACUGCUGGGUGAACUGCAGCAGAAAGUAGAGGAAGCAGAGCUGCUGAAGAUGGAGCUACAGAUGUUGGAAACAGAGAGAGUUAGGCUGUCACUGGUGGAAGAAAAGCUUAUGGAUGUUUUACAGCUUCUCCAACAGCUUCAGGAUUUGGAAGAAAUGAAGUUAAACCCUGGGACAAAGACACAGGUGCCAGAUUGUGAUUUUUGGCUUGGAGUGGGAAGAGAAAACUCUUCAAAACAAAGCGAAAAAUUCCAAGAGAAUGAGGUAGUCAGAAAACAUAUCCAAAAGAGCCUUGGGGAAGAUGUUGCUGAGCACCUUGGAAUCCUGUCGGGACCCCCAGCAUGUGGCCCCAGACAUGAAAGAGAGAGAGGAAGGCAAAAGGUCGCAGAGGAGAUAAUCGAAGUCGACCAUUCCCGCUAUCAGACUGGUUCAUCUGUUGAAGCGGCUGAUUCUCUCAGCUUCUUUUGA